AUGGAAGAAGACAGUCGACCCAGCGUAUAUCUCAAUGUUCCAAUCACUGACGCUGAGCGCCGUGCUCAAGUUGCCGAGGCCGCCGUCCGAGACGACAGCUCCGAGCGACUCUUGCCAGAACCUCGACAGCCUUCGCCAGAAUUCCAGUCCGCACAGUCUUCUGCUCAACUACAGGCUCCAGUCCCCAGCCGAUUUCCGUCAAUACACGCUCCCCCCGUCAUAAGACAGUAUGCGCCGAGAUUCUCGCAAAGACCAGAAGUUCGCCAAUAUGUCCCCAUCUCCCCAGUCCCCGAGGAAGACGAACCCGAGUCCAUCAGGCUCCGGCCGCACUCGGCUGUCGUCACUGACGAUGGCUAUCUACUCCCUUCCCCAGGGCCGAUGCCGACUUUAUGGACUCCCAUCUGGUUGAAGCGGUGGUUUCUGGGCCUCUUUGCUCUCGUUUUUGUCGCCUUUCUGAUCGCCCUGGUCCUCCUUUGGCACUUUGAUGAACAGAACGAUGGUUUCCACGUUGACCAGGGAACGAACCAUGAUGCCUGGACUUACACGCCUACUGUCAUUGUCGUUGUUGUCGUGGCCGCUUGGAGAAUGGUUGACCACCAAUCCAAGCUAGCCAUGCCCUACGACGCUCUCCAAGACGGACCGAUAAAGCCGUCCGAAAGCCUUUUGGUCGAUUAUAUUUCGAAUUUUCAGCUCGUGUCGUUACUUGAAGCGUUCAAAAACAGUCAUUUCGCCGUCAUUGCUUCGAUCACCGGAUUCAUGUUAUUAAAAGUUGUCACCGUCUUUGCGACCGGGUUGUUGGUUGCUCUCCCAACACAAGUAACUCAAAAGGACGCGAUCGUGCGGGCCAGGGGAUUCAGCGCGGAUUCUUUCGACCCGAACGCCGCACUCACUUCUUCGGCUUUCCCGGCUCAGCCGGUGUAUGCGUACUAUGGUAGUAUGGCCCAGGGUGUGCCUUUGGAAAAUGGCGUUAGGUUUGAUCUGGCAUACAGUGCCUUGACAGUCAGUUCUGAUACCCCGAUCGGCGACGAUGCGACAAUUUCCGGCGAAGUCGAUGCCUUUGUGCCGACUAUGACAUGCAAAACUUUGAAUGUGCAGUUGGGAACUCCACGGAUUGUGAACGACACCAACUCAGCGAGCGCGUUCGCCACUUCGAGCAAUAUCACCUUCACCAUCAAUGCGGGCGAUGUAUGCAGUCAGCUUUCUUCAGUCGCCGUGCCAGCGGACAAUCCGUACACUGAAAUUCUCCCGAAGCAUCAGGUCACAGGUACUAUGCAGCAGGUCUUCUGUGGAACCACGAAUGCUAGCGUACCUGAUUCGAACGGCCCAAAAGGGCUGUUAUUCACGAUUACCGACAUCAGUUACCGGCAGACACUAUUCGACAACGCUACUGACCUCGCGGGGGGUUCGUUUAUCAUUGCGAGUGAUGUUUCCAGGAUGCUUAGCAAUAUGACGAACGUGUUCUGCACUCCGUCGUAUUCGAUGACCAGGGCCCAGAUUACUAACAACACCCGGCUACUCGAGAGUAAUAAUGCCGUAUCAGUCACGUUGAAGGAUGGGGCAAGCAAUAGCACUCUUUCGGGAUUUUCGAAUUGGAAUGCCACCAUUGUCCUUACGCAGGCUUCGAUUGCUGCGCAAGUUCUCUUUGGCGACACGAUCAACGAUGACACUAUUUCCGACUCAAGCGCCAUCUUUACGCUCAUGGCUCUAACGCGGGGCUCCCAGAAUAUCGACACUUUGAUUAACCCGGAUGCGAUGAUAUCAGCUGCUCAGGACACGUCCAAGGGCCUUUUAUCUCAAUACGCUCAUCAAGUCUUAAGAGCCGCGGACGACGCCGAUGUGGAUGGAGGAAAAGUGACACGUCAAGAACGGAGGCUUCGAGUCAAUGAUGUUUCUGUGUGGACGAUGGCUUCGGCAUCUGGAUUGCUGUUCUUUUUCUGUGUUGCCUUGAUUUUCAUCGCCCCCAGAGCGGUUGUUCCGCGCGAUCCAAGUUCCAUUGCGGCGAUGGCGACGAUGCUGACCAGAAGUACCGAACUGAAUCGACUGCUGCGAAAGCAAGGCGCACCGAGCUAUGCAAAUCAAAAAUCAGCGUUGGCAGGUUUCGAAUUCGGUACGGCAAUCGCCACGACGGAUUCUGGGACGAGGAGUUUCAAGAUCGUCACCUCAGAAGGUGAGCCAGAUGAACCAACCACCAAGCCGACUAUGGAUAUUAAAUGGUGGGUGCCGAUCACGGCAACAUUUCCGUUCUUAACGCUCACCUUGAUUCUUCCCCUGGGCCUCAUUGUGGCGUUGGAGCUCAUUCAACGGCAUUCUGAUGAUCAUAAUGGGUUUUACACCGUGGCGGACGAUAAAUGGACGGAGAUUUACAGCCACUAUAUCCCAGGUCUCGUGAUGCUUAUUUUGGCAGCAUUUGUCAACAUGCUUGAUUUCAAUGUGGCGUUGUUCACUCCCUGGAACAACCUGGCAGAAGGCAACGCCAUUCACAGAAGAUCGGUCCUCAACAAUAUUCUUGGAAGAUCACCUCCAUCCGCAUUCUUACAGGCUCUGAGGACGCGGAGCCUCGGUGCUAUGUUGAGCAUCAUCGCAGCUGCGCUUGCUAGUCUUCUGGCAGUGAUUGCUUCAGGCCUGUACUACGUCCAGCAUUACACAGUUGACGGGGCGAGUAUUUCGCUUACUCAAGUUGACUCUUUCGACCUUCAGUGGCCAAACAGCUUCUCUAAUGACAAUGGAGCAGCGGCCAUUACCAGUCUGAUCAUGCACCAGAAUUUCAGCUACCCUCAAUUCACAUACGAGGGACUCGUUUUUCCGAAGCUGUCCCUGAACAACUCCGCUCUGACAAAGGAUACACUAACGACGGUAUCUGGAUCGUCAUCCCACGUGCUCCCGGCUGUUCGCGCAAAUCUCAAAUGCGAUGUUCUUGCCAGUGACUCUUUCUCCCUCUCCACAGAAAAGGCAGGAACCGACAGCGCAUACGCAACGGAUCAAGCAUUCAUCACCGCCAGAGCAGCGCUUCCGGACUCUUGUCAGCUCGGCGGCUCAAAAGGCACAGAUGACUUUGUUCUUUACGAAAAUAAUUUCGAACUGCCUCCAGGUGGGAAGGGAACAUUUGCUGGUGCUCAAUUGGAUCUUUUGUUUGGAGAGAAUGCGACAACAUACGGCAACUAUGGCGAGAAUCGUGGUCAAUACAUCAGUGACAAUCCACCAGUUGGCUGCCCAAGUUUAGCUUUCACCUUUGGCCAUUUCCAGCUGGACAGCACGGACAGAAGUCAAGUGACCACAAUGGUGUGCUAUCAAGAAAUCCAAGGCCUCAACGCAAAUGUCACAUUGCUACCCAACAGUACAACCAUUGAUUCGAGCCAUCCACCAGCAGUGGUCGAGAGCAGCAUCUUCCUCCACGAUAAUCCGCUCAGCAAUAGCAGCGGGGUGAAGACAUUCGACUUCCGCAUUCAGAACAAUCUCGCUCAAGAGGUGACUGUGUUUAACGGCGAGGGCGGGACACCCGCGACCAACCCUUCGACUACAAAUACAUUUGACAUCUUCUUCCAAGCCAUUAUCAACGGUUCUGAACCGCACGACCCAGCAACCCUAGCUGGCCCGGACAACCAAGAUGUCCUCAUCGACGCAAUAAACAGGUUCUAUCGUAUCUACAUGGCGCAAGCCAUUUCCGCAAACAUGCGCGGACCCUUGAACAGUCUGAGCACUUCGUCCCGCCUUCUUCGACGCCAAACUUCGUCCACAAUAACCUCCCUCACUACGGUGGAUACUCCGCGGCUCGUCCAGGAUAAAGACAGCAAGCUUAUCCUCCAAAUCCUCCUCGGCAUCAUGACGGCCUUGGCCGCAUCAGCGUGGCUAACCACGAAGUUCCAGCGUGUUCUCCCAUGUAACCCGUGCUCGAUGGCAGGGAAAAUGUCCCUCCUCGCGGGCAGCGAUUUGUGCCACAGCGCCGACGAUGGACUAUGUGAAUGCUGUGGGAAACCCCGUCGACGGUCAUUUGGACAUGACGAUGAUAACAGACCCGAAUCAAUUCAUGCAGGUCCAGAGGAAAAUGGCGACGAAACCGACGAGCGCCAACAGGUCAUUCCCGACGGCGCGGAAUGGAUGCCCGCCUCCCAAUUCGAAACCGUUUUCGGUGGGAAACGCUACAGCAUGGGCUGGUGGCGCGAGCGGCGACUCGUGGGCAAAAGACGAAGAUUUGGCGUGGACAUCGGUGCUCGCGCCGAUGGGGCAGAUGACCAAGACUGGGAGCUGGGGGAAAGAAGGCCCGAGGGAACUGGGUUUAGCGAUUUUAUGAUGAGAGGCGGCGAUAGGGAUGGCAGGGGCGAGUAUUCAAGAUUCGGAGGCCGUUCGAGAGGUGCGAGUGUGAGUGGACCGAGCCCUGAGCCCGGGGCGACGGAAGGAAGAGGGGGGCAGAUGAUGAAUAUGCCUCGAGAGCCUUCGCCGGGAGUGUAUGUGCCCGAAACGGGUCGAACGGGCCAGCCCUUUUACCACGAUGGAGGAGGACCAGGCCCGUCGACACUGGCGGGAAGGCGGAGUCCUGUGGGGGGUGAAGCAUAG